AUGGUUGCUCUCCUUUCCUUCCUUCACAUCUGUUCCUCUUCCGCCAUGGCAAACUCGCCGUACUCCUGCCUCGCGGAGGCUGGACGGAUAUCCGAUUUGCUCUCCAGCCUGAUUCCUCUGCCUGGUCCGGUAGAGGAAAUAAGGCGGAUUGUCCAAUUUACAGCGUCGCGAGAUCUGCCAUACUUCCCCAUCCCAUUCAAGGAGACGGAAGUCACCGUCGCUCUGAAGGCUAUUGAAGGGAGCUUUGCAUAUGCCAUCCAGUGCUUGCGGGAGGGCAACAAUUUUGCGACAGGCAGGAGGAUAUUCGUCAAUUUGGAGAAGACCACUGCGUUCCUGUUCGAGGCAUACCUGGCGACAGUCAAUGGGUAUGGGAAGCUGGAUCCGGAAGUGAAGAAAUUCCUCAAAGGUACGUCUGUUCUCCUGGGAUAG